ACUUUGCGAUGACGCUUGGCGCCUCCUUUUCCCAAGCCUUUGCCUCCUUUACCACGACCAGUCAUAUUUCACUUCUCUUCUCUACUGUUAACACACUGCACGAAACACGAGCGAGUCCGAACGAUAUGUUCGUCUCGCUCUCCGCUCGACAACUGAGAUGGACUCUGCUUCCCUCUCUUUUCAACCCUCCCCGUUUUGCUAUAUAAGGAGGUAGCAAAUGCGGCUAUCGUUUAUUGUGUUUUGAAACGUGAAGUGAACGUGAACAGCAGUGAAUUCGAAAAUGGCCCGUACCAAGCAAACCGCUCGCAAAUCGACUGGUGGCAAGGCGCCACGCAAGCAACUGGCUACUAAGGCCGCUCGCAAGAGCGCCCCCGCCACCGGAGGCGUGAAGAAGCCUCAUCGGUACCGCCCUGGAACUGUUGCCCUGCGUGAGAUCCGUCGAUACCAGAAGAGUACCGAGCUGCUGAUCCGCAAGCUGCCUUUCCAGCGUCUGGUGCGUGAAAUCGCUCAGGACUUCAAGACUGACCUGCGAUUCCAGAGCUCGGCGGUGAUGGCUCUGCAGGAAGCUAGCGAGGCCUAUCUAGUAGGCCUCUUUGAAGAUACCAACUUGUGUGCCAUUCAUGCCAAGCGUGUCACCAUCAUGCCCAAGGACAUCCAGUUGGCCCGUCGCAUUCGCGGCGAGCGUGCUUAG